AUCCAGACAAGUCAUUGGGCAUGUUGAGCUGUGCCCAUCUAUACAUGAUCCCUCUUCAGUUUUCAUUACACUUGUUGCACAAAAAUUAGACUCGUAUGUACUUUAGUAAAAUUUAAUGACAAGUGAAGAGCAUCCAAUAACUCGAGCUAGAUUCGGCAUAAAGGUAAUAACCUGGCAGGCCGAGGUUCCAGUACAUAUAGCAAGCAGUGGCCAAAACAUGUGGAGCAGGAGCACUUUUCUGGGGAUGAGUACCUUCAAGGGGAUUUUCAGCUUCUGGUUCAGAAUUUGAUGUGCUCUUUGCUCCAACUUUAUUAAUCACUCCGCUUUUCCUCUCGCUCUCUCUCAAACCCAAAACCCAAGUCUAGAUCAUCUCCAUAGACUACAUCUUUUGGUCUGACCGAACCGUAAAGAACUCAUGGAGAGGAACAGUUUUAGCAGCAGCUUGGAAGAUCAUAGUAUUGGCAGUGAAGCGUGCAACAACACUAACAGCAACAAGAAACUCAGAGAUUCAUGGAACCUUAGCAGCUGCCAAAGCUUUGGAGAAGAUUAUCUUGAUAGUCUUUCAUGGCCUCCAAGAUCGUACACGUGUAGCUUCUGCAGAAGGGAAUUUAAAUCUCCUCAAGCUCUUGGCGGUCACAUGAAUGUUCAUAGGAGAGAUAGAGCCAGGUUAAGAAGGUCACCUCCAAGGGACGCUCAGUGUCCUGUUCCGAACCUUAGCCCUAACCCUAGUUUAUGUCCUCCAUUCACUCGCACAUUACCAUCCUUGGUGUCUCCUCCUCUUUCUGCACUAUCUACACCACCUUUAGCUUCUGAAGUCAAGAAAUGGACCAUUGAUGGUACCAUUCUUGACCCUUCAAGCUCUGAACUUUCUGAUUUAACAACAACCGGAACCAGAAAAUCCUUCUUCACAACUGAAAACUUUGGUGGUUUCACGCAACAAGAUGGAUUCAAGAUCUGGAAGAAGGCUGAGAUUGUGAGGUUAGAUUUGGAGAUUGGUCUUGUUCGUGACUCCAAGGAUGAAUUGGAUUUGGAACUUCGACUGGGAUCUCUUAAUUAGGUGAUCAACUUGUGCAGCCUUGUCAACACAAAUUAACACGUUUGAUCUUGGAAGCUUGCAAUUGGCUUGUUGCACCAGUUUGCGAUCAUGUAUUAUAAGAUGCAUUAUGUUUAGUAGCUAAUCCAGAAGUUUUCUUGAAGAAGUUCAGAAGAUGUUAGAUUCCAAAGCAAAUUAAUAUUCUCCCUGAUCUAGAAACGCAUUUUCCUGCUACUUUUCACAUGUUAUUUUCUGUUAUCAAGUUCCUUUUUUCUCUUAAUCAUGAUUCUUAUUAUGUUAUCUAGAUUUUCUGUCAGCAUAUUGUAUGGUUUAAGCUAGUGUAACUUUUUGUCUUAGUAGCCAUUAGCCAU